AUCAGCCAUGGCUCCGGCGAAGACGUUCGUGCUCUAUCCGUCGCUGGGCGUCGGCCACCUGAUCCCCAUGGUGGAGCUGGCGAAGCACCUGCUGCGCCACGGCCACAACGUCGUCGUCGCCGUGGUCGACCCGCCGGACAGCGACGCCGUCUCGGCCGACAUGGUUGCCCGCCUUGCCGCGGCCAACCCUUCCAUAGACUUCCGGCUCCUGCCCGCCCCGCCUGGUCCGGACCCCGCCGCGCACCCGGUCAAGCGCAGCCUCGACACGCUCCGCCUCGCCAACCCCGUGCUUCGUGACUUCCUCCUCUCCAUGCCCGCCCCCGGCGCCGACGCUCUCCUGCUCGACAUGUUCUGCGUUGACGCGCUAGACGUCGCCGCCGAGAUCGAUGUCCCCGCCUACUUCUUCUUCGCUUCCGCUGCCGGCGACCUCGCUGUCUUCCUCAACCUGCCGUACAGCUACCCUGACCUACCGUCGUUCAAGGACAUGGGCGACACGCUCGUGCGCUGCCCCGGCAUGCCGCCGGUCCGCGCGGUGGACAUGCCGCCGACGAUGCAGGACAAGGAGAGUGACCCGACCAAGGUCAGGUUGUACCAGUUCAGGCGCAUCCCGGAGGGGAGGGGCGUGCUGGUGAACACUUUCGACUGGCUGGAGCCCAACGCCCUGAAAGUGCUCGCCGACGGCGUCUGUGUUCCUGGCCGGCCGACCCCGAGGGUGUUCUGCAUUGGGCCACUGGUGAACGAUGGCGCGGGCAUCGGGGACGGCGGCGGGAAGCGGCAUGAGUGUCUGGCAUGGCUGGACGCGCAGCCGGAGAAGAGCGUCGUGUUCCUCUGCUUCGGCAGCAAGGGCGCAUUCUGCACGGCGCAGCUGAAGGAGAUCGCCCGUGGGCUGGAGAGCUCUGGGCACCCGUUCCUGUGGGCAGUGAGGAGCCCACCGGAGGAACAGAGCGAGUUCCCUCAGCCGGACCUGGAGCGGCUGCUUCCGGCGGGGUUCUUGGAGAGGACGAGAGGCAGGGGCAUGGUGGUGAAGAACUGGGUGCCACAGGCUGAAGUGGUGCGGCACGAGGCGGUGGGCGCCUUCGUGACGCACUGCGGGUGGAACUCGACGCUAGAGGCGAUCAUGUCCGGGCUGCCGAUGAUCUGUUGGCCGCUCUACGCUGAGCAGGGGUUGAACAAGGUGUUCAUGGUGGAGGAGAUGAAGAUCGCCGUGGCGUUGGCAGGGUACGAAACAGGAAUGGUGAAGGCUGAAGAGGUGGAAGCCAAGGUGAGGCUGGUGAUGGAGACGGGGGAAGGGACGAAGCUCAGGGAGACGCUGGCGGAGGCGAGGAAGAUGGCGGUGGACGCGAUCGGCGCAGGCGGGUCUUCUGAACUGGCAUUUGCUGAGUUCCUGAGAGAUUUGGAGGACAGCAGGAUGGAGAAUUCAAUUGAACAGGCUGUAUGACUGAUGAACUUUGAUAGAACGGUAGUCACGUAUUGUAAAAUUCAGACAUCACAGAUUUUCCAUCAGAGAGAAGUUGGAUUUGCAUUACUGUAUCAAUUCUGAACCAUCAAGCAGGCAUGUGCGCA